CCUGGCAGCCAACGAUGGCCACAGCAUAUACGUUCUUUCGGCCAUUGUCGUCGCCGGGAGGGGAUCAGCUGCGACGGCCGGCUCGCUGCUCGUCAGCGCCCCAUCGGCGGUCGGCCAACUACCCUCCGAACUCCUGGGACUACGACUUCCUUCUACUGUCUCUCAACAAGCCCCGCCAUGAUCUGGUAAACCCUUCAAAAAUAUGGAAUUUUGCAGCUAGGAGCUUUGACAAGUUGAAGGCCGGCGUGAGGGAACGGCUGGUGACGGUGGGAAGAGGUGACGACCAGCCUGCAAUGCUCAGACUCAUCGACACAAUGCAACGGCUCGGUAUCGCCUACCACUUCGAUGACGAGAUCGUUGGUAUCCUCACCUCGAUCCAUGGUACCAAACCUCACCCGUGCAGCUGGGAGGAUGACGGUGAUGUGGCUUCCGCGGCCUUGAGGUUCAGGUUACUCAGGGAAAAUUUUAUCCCAGUGUCCGCUGCAGAAUCUCUGAAAACUCUCGCAAAGAAUUACCUCACACGCGCACUCCAGAGGGAUGAUAUCAAGGGACUACUCUCACUCUAUGAGGCAUCAUACCUGGCAUUCAGAGAUGAUGAAACAUUGGAUGAAGCAAGAACAUUUUGUGCCAAUGGUCUCAAAGAGCUACUGCCAUCGUUGGAUCCCCACUUGCAGAGUAGUGUGGUUCAUACUUUGGACAUUCCCUUGCAUCGGAGGUCUCCUAGACUAGAAGCAAGAUGGUUCAUAGAACACUAUGCUAGUGAUGUGAGUAAUUCCGACCCGUUGCUUCUCCGAUUUGCUAUGAGAGACUUCGAGAGGGUGCGAACAGUGCAUCAACAAGAACUUCAGAGACUUUUGAGAUGGAGGACGGAGAGUGGACUUGGUGAUGAGAAGUUUGGGUUUGCAAGAGAUCGUCUCAUAGAGUGCUUCCAUUGUGCAAAUGGAAUUGUCUGGGAUCCAAACCAUGGAUCAUGCCGGGAAGUGCUUUCCAAAGUUAUUCAUUUAGCCGCACACUUGGAUGACAUAUAUGAUGUGUAUGGAACCCUAGAUGAACUCAUCCACUUCACCGAGGCAAUUGGAAGGUAG